CCCACCACUAGUUACAAAAUAAGCGCAGGUUGAAAGGCAACGAAAUUGCCUGUGGCACCACUUCUGGGGGAGGGGACAUAACCGUCAUAAAGAAACCCUCACACCAAGGUUUGAUAAAGCGAUACUUCUGUCAGUCCUCCAGCUGUCAAUCAAGAUAAAUGGUCUCUUUAAAACCCCUAUCAGAUCCGAGGUAUCGUCAGAGUUGGAUUCUGGCCGCUGUCAGUGCAAAGCAGCAGCGCACACUUGUCGCAGCAAGAGCUCCGUGGAUAAAGAGUUCGUGUGGAAUAAAGGUGCGCAAAAUGACAGAUAUUCCGCCGGGGCGCACAUAAACUGCGUUGGAUUGUGGUAGAUGGAUGAAUUUCACUCUAUUUAGUGUCCGUCAACUUUGCAAAAUAAGGCGAAAUUGCCUUAACCACUCCUGUAAAAUAGGAGUAAAGGUGAUCGCUCCGAGCAAGGAUUCAAUUAGUUCAGCAAUUGUUCCAGGCGAGAACUGAGAUAAGCGAAUAUACUGAGGGAGUGAAAUGGAUCUGAAGGCGCUGGGCUGCGUGGUCCUCUUACCUAUUCAGAUAUUCUACUAUAUUGUCAAGGCGACCGUGUGCUGGUUCUUACCGAGCAGGCGGAGAGAUCUGACCGGAGACGUGGUGCUUAUCACGGGUGGCGGACGGGGCAUCGGCCGUCACCUGGCUAAGGAGUUCGCCGUGCGUGGAGCUAAAAAGCUAAUCCUGUGGGGCCGGACGGAAAAAUGUCUGAAGGAGGCAUGCGAGGAGAUUGCCCUCAUGGGGACGGAGUGCCAUUAUUUUGUUUGCGAUGUGGCCAACAGAGAAGAGGUUUACAAGCAAGCCAAGGUUGUCAGAGAAAAGGUGGGAGAUGUUACCAUUCUAGUGAAUAAUGCUGCAGUGGUGCAUGGAAAGAGUUUGCUUGACAGUGAUGAUGAUGCUCUUCUGAAGUCACAGCAUAUCAACACCAUGGGACAGUUUUGGACCACAAAAGCCUUCUUGCCUCGUAUGCUGGAACUGCAAAAUGGUCAUGUUGUGUGCGUCAACUCCAUCCUGUCUCUUUCGCCCAUCCCUGGUGCUAUAGACUACUGCACUUCUAAAGCAUCAUCACUAGCCUUCAUGGAAAGCCUCACUCUGGGGUUGCUGGACUGCCCGGGGGUGGGCUGUACCACUGUCCUCCCGUUCCACACCAACACUGAAAUGUUUCAAGGCAUGAGAGUCAGGUUCCCCCAACUCUUCCCUCCUCUAAAGCCUGAGGUGGUAGCCCAAAAAACAGUGGAUGCUGUUAGGACCAAUACAGCCUUUGUUUACCUACCCUGGACCAUGCAUGCACUCAUUAUCCUCAAAAGUAUGCUACCACAGAGUGCCCUUGAAGAAAUCCACAAGUUCUCAGGAAGCUACACCUGCAUGAAUACUUUCAAGGGACGGACAUGAGAGGUCUAGAAACGACAAUGGAGUUUCAAAUGUUACCAUUUUUUUAAGAAAACUGUUUCGUGGUCGAACAAGAGCUAUGGAGUAUGCCAGAAGCAGUGCAUUAGAAGAAAAAUAAGGCAUGCCAGUGCACAUGGUGCCUCAUUUCUAGGACCCUUUGCAGGUCACCACUGACUUCUGUGUUGCAGUGUUGGACAAACACAGAAUGGACACAAAAAAGCCUCAACCGACCGCCGUACUGUAUGUUUACUUUAAAGUUUUGAACAAUCACAUUUUUAACUACUGUCACUGUAAAUUCAGCAUCUGAAUAAAAAGCAGUUUUAAAGAGAAAAGCCUUCUAUUGGGAUGUUUUAAAAUCCAGGCUCACAAAGUAAAGCUGUGGUUGGACUAGCCCUGGGCAUCAUACGGUUGGAAAGUCUGUGUUGUCCCGCGGGUCGACAGCAAUAAAUGCCUCUUCAGCACUUCAUACUUACCAACACAACAGGCUUGACCUGCUGCUCCAGCACGUGGGUUGACUCA